AUGCUUGUGUUUAUAGUGACGCUGACGCAGAGCACCUAUGAGGUGGAUAAGGCGCUGUACGAGCAGGUGAAGCACCUCUACGAUGCUCGCAAUGUUGAGAAGCUCCAGGACAAGACAGACACGGUGCUGCUCAAGGGGCGCACCUUCAUGCACCUUGAGGUGGAGCCCUCAAUGAAAAUCCUCGAACUCAAAGAGCUCAUCUCCCUCACCGCAGGCAUACCGCCCGACCAGCAGCGGUUCAUUCACGCAGGCAAGCAGCUGGAGGAUGGUCGUACCUUGAGUGACUACAACAUCCAGAAGCAUGCUGUGAUUGAUCUUGGCAAUCGUGUGUGA